UGAGUGUCUCCAAGAUGGCCGCUUGGGGAAGGAGGCGUCUUGGCCCGGGCAGCAGUGGCGGCAGCGCCCGUGAGAGGGUGAGCUUGUCGGCCACAGACUGUUACAUCGUGCACGAGAUCUACAAUGGGGAGAACGCCCAAGACCAGUUCGAGUAUGAGCUGGAGCAGGCCCUGGAAGCCCAGUACAAGUACAUCGUGAUCGAGCCCACACGCAUCGGCGACGAGACGGCCCGCUGGAUCACCGUGGGCAACUGUCUGCACAAGACCACCGUGCUGGCGGGCACCGCGUGCCUCUUCACCCCGCUGGCCCUGCCCUUAGAUUACUCCCACUACAUCUCCCUGCCCGCCGGCGUGCUCAGCCUGGCCUGCUGCACCCUGUACGGAAUCUCCUGGCAGUUUGACCCCUGCUGCAAGUACCAAGUGGAGUACGACGCCUAUAAACUGUCCCGCCUGCCCCUGCACACACUCACUUCCUCCACCCCGGUGGUGCUGGUCCGGAAGGACGACUUGCACAGAAAGAGACUGCACAACACGAUAGCCCUGGCCGCCCUGGUGUACUGUGUAAAGAAGAUUUACGAACUCUAUGCUGUAUGAUCUCAGUAGUGCGGGGAGAGAAGCAAAUGAUCCGGCCCACGAGACACACCCCGAGUAUUCAGAUGGCCCCAGUAACAGUUUUUGCUCUGUGAGGCGGCGGAGCCUGGGAAGGGGUUUCGUUUAAUAUUUGUUAUU